AUGUCGUUGGCGAGGUCACUCAAGGACGGACUUCAAUUUCACGCCCAAGUUAUAAAAUCUGGGUUUACACCGACUGUUUUUACCAGCAACCAAUUGAUUCACUUGUACUCCAAAAAUGGCCUUAUCCGGGAAGCUUAUAGGCUGUUUGAUGAAAUGCCUGAACGAAACGUUUAUUCUUGGAAUACUGUUAUAAAUGCUUAUAUAAAAGCCCAGAACUUGUCAAAUGCGCAAAAUCUUUUCGACGCCGUCCCGGAAAAAGAUUCUGUUACAUACAAUUCCCUAAUAUCUGGCUAUGCAAAUAGGGAUGGUUUUGAGGAUCGCGCUGUCAGAUUAUUUCUUCAAAUGCAAAAUGACUGCGAUGGCGUUCGAAGGGAUGAGUUUACUCUGACUACAAUGUUAAAUUUGACGGCCAAGUUAAGCGCUUUGUCAUGGGGCCAGCAACUUCAUUCUUUCAUGUUGAAGACAGCUAAUGAUUUGAGUGGGUUUGCUGUCAGCUCUCUCAUUGACAUGUACUCGAAAUCUGGGAGCUUUCCUGAUGCUUGGACGGUGUUUGAGAGAGGCAGUUCCUCGGCGGUUGACUUGGUUUCAAAGAAUGCAAUGGUGGCGGCUUGUUGUAGAGAAGGCAAAUUGGAUUUGGCACAGAAUCUUUUCUGGAGUAAGCACGAGAUGAAUGACAAUGUAUCGUGGAAUACGAUGAUUGCAGGGUUUGCCCAGAAUGGGCAGGAGGAGAAGGCAAUUGAAAUGUUUAAAUGCAUGGCGGUGGAGGGAUUUAGCUGGAAUGAACACUCAUUCGCCAGUGUUUUGAGCGCUUUUUCCAGCCUCAAGGCUUUAAAGAUGGGGAAGGAAAUUCACUCUUGGGUUUUAAAAAAAGGGAUUGAUUCGAAUCCAUUCAUAAGUAGUGGGAUUGUUGAUCUUUACAGCAAGUGUGGAAAUAUGAACUAUGCAGAAUUUGUUUAUUUAAAGAUGAAGGUUGAGAACUCCUUCGCUGUUACAUCUAUGAUUGUAGGAUACGCAGCAGAAGGUAACAUGGCAGAAGCUAGGAGGCUUUUUGAUUCGUUAGCAGACAAGAAUUCUGUUGUCUGGACUGCUAUGAUAUCCGGCUAUGUGAAAACCCAGCAAUCAGAUGAUGCUUUUGAGCUUUUCAGGCAAUUCAUGGAAAGGGAUGUAAGAGAUUACGAUGCUUUACUAUUUAUCAAUGUACUUGGUGCCUGCACGACACAGGCCAUUGUGGAUCCUGGAAAGCAAAUUCAUGCGUACAUAAUGAAAGUUGGAAUUGAAAUUGAUGAGAAAGUAGUCACUGCCGUGGUUGAUAUGUAUUGUAAGUGUGGGAGCAUAGGGUUUGCGGAAAGAAUAUUUCAAAAUUUGGCCUCCAGAGACCUUAUCCUUCACAAUGUGAUGAUAGCUGGAUAUGCUCACCACGGGUAUGAAUACGAAGCACUCCAGCUUUUUGAGGAGAUGGUAAAGAGAGGGCUUCAACCUGAUGCAGUGACUUUUGUUGCAAUUCUAUCUGCCUGCCGCCACAGUGGUUUAGUUGAAGUGGGUGAAAAUUAUUUCUCUUCCAUGACUGAAGAUUACUCGAUACUACCAGAAAGGGACCAUUAUGCCUGCAUGAUUGACUUGUACGGAAGGGCUAAUCAACUUGAAAAGGCUACAGUAUUCAUGGAUAAAAUUCCAAUGGAACUAGAUGCUAUAAUUCUGGGCACAUUCAUAAAUGCCUGCAAAAUGAAUAGAAACGUGAAGCUUGCGAAUGAUGCGGAGGAGAAGCUACUGAAAAUUGAAGGAGACAAUGGGGCUCGAUAUGUGCAAUUGGCUGGUGUAUAUGCCUCAGAAGGAAGAUGGGACGAGAUGGGGAGAAUAAUGAAGAAGAUGAGAGGGAAAGAACUCAGGAAGCAUGCUGGUUGUAGUUGGCUGCAAGUUGGUAAUAGACGUCAUACUUUUAUCUCCAAUGACAGGUCUCAUUCGGAAACAGAGGCUGUGCAUGCCAUGUUAGACUGCUUGAUUCAGGAACUCGAGGCCAGUAUCCACGAGGAGGAAGAGCUCAGCCAGUAAUCUAUCUGAAUGCCAACGUGCUGCAACGGCCGUGUACGAUCUGCCCAGAUGUGAGCAGGUUAUAAGUGGGUAAAGAGAUUCGAGGUGCCCUUCUAUGGAAUGUGGAUCACCACUAAUGCAUGAGAUGAAUUAAACAUCUAUUAGCAUCGCAUGGGUGCUACUGGUGGAAGAAGGUUUUUGUUCUUGACCUCCGAUUUUUUUUUUUUUUUUAAUUAUUAGGACAGCGCAACAGAUGAUAAUAUACCAUCAUGUUGGACUCCAAACCUCACGACAUUGAAUUAGCUUCGAAGCAUUGAACGCUGGAGACAGAUGCCGCGCGUAUUCUAGACGCAGAUAAAAGCAGUUGAUAUGCUUGGAUGAGGAAGGCUGGACUAAAGUCACCAAACACGGAAGUUUGUGUUCCAGCAGACUUUCGGCUACCCCAAAAUGAGGCAGCUAGAGGCCAUUUUUCUGCACCCCUCUUUUAACAUGUAAUUGGUCCGCUAAACCCUGUGACUUAAUCAGAUAGGAAAUUUCUGAAUAAA